AUGACCAACUUGAUCUCUAUAACAUUUCAGAAGGUUCUGCAUGGAAAGGAGAUACUUUGGAGAAUCAGGUGCUUCUUCUUCUCCAUAGCGUGGGUCUUCUCAACAUUACUCAUAGAAGUGUGUACUUGUUCCGACCCCUGCAGCCUGAAUAGUGAGGGUAUCAGUGGCUUUCUGAGCCAACCAGGAGACGUUGUUAUAGGAGGAACCUUCAUGGUCCAUCUGGACACGGUCUACAAUUACCUCCAGUUCACAAGCAAACCUCCAGACCAACUGUGCCGGGUGUUUGCGAGUGAGUAUUACCAGAGCAUGGAGGCCCUUAUAUUCGCAGUGCAGGAAAUUAAUGCGGAUCUGGGGCUCCUCCCCAACGUUACGCUGGGCUACCAGGUUUACGACGCGUGUAACACGUUACGGCGAGCGGCACAAGGGACCCUUUUCAUGCUUUCCGGGGGAAAGGGAAUCACCCCUAAUUAUCACUGCGACACGGGGACACGUCUUGCUGGUAUCAUUGGGGAAUCUGGGUCCACACGUUCCAUCCUUAUGGCUCAGAUUCUGGGAUUGUACUGGUACCCACAGAUCAGUUAUUUUGCCUCCAGUCCAAUUCUAAGCAAUCGUUACCUGUUCCCUUCCUUCUUCCGUACCAUCCCUAGUGAUGAGUUUCAAAUGAAAGGUCUGGCUGAGCUUGUCUUUUAUUUUGGUUGGACUUGGGUUGGUCUCCUGGCCAAUGAUAAUGAUUAUGGUCAAUAUGGGCUUCAGAUAGCAAAGCAAGAAAUAAUAAAUGGUGGCGCGUGUGUGGCCUUCACUGAGAAUAUCUUGAUCGGCCGACCCAACAGAAAUGCUCCUAACCUAGUUCAGGUCAUUAAAGAAUCAACGGCAAAGGUUGUUGUGGUUAUAUCCUCUGAUUCCCACUUUGUAAUUGUGGCAGAAGAGCUGCUCAGGCAGAAUGUGACUGGAAACAUCUGGGUUGCUAGUGAAGCUUGGGCAACCUCCGAUUUGCUCUUCAAGGAACGAUUCCGACAAAUUUUAUUGGGCACCAUCGGUUUUGCCAUCCACCGUGGGAAGAUUCCAGCCUUCAGUAAGUACCUCAAGAGCCUCCGGCCAUCAAACGAUCAAUAUGACUCAUUGAUAAAGGAAUUUUGGGAGCAAACCUUUUCUUGUAAGUGGCCCAGUCAGGAGAACCCAAUAGUUCCAACUGACAAUGCCACAAUGAGAGUGUGUACGGGAGAGGAAAAGCUGGAGAGCCUACUGACUGCAGAAUACCAUAGGCUAUCUCUAAAUGUGUACAACGCCGUUUAUGCAAUGGCUUGGGCCCUACAUAGUUUGCUUAACUGUACAUCCGGAACGGGGCCAUUUCCUUUUGGAGGUUGCACCAAUAUCUCUUCUUUUCAUCCUUGGCACCUUCUCCACUAUAUUAAAAACGUGAACUUCAAGACCAAAGAUGGAAGUCAAAUGUUUUUUGAUGCAAAGGGGAACCCUCCAGCCGUCUAUGAUAUUGUGAAUUGGCAUGGAAGUGCCAACGGUGCCUUGGAACCGGUUACCGUUGGUAGUUAUGGCUUAAGUGCUGCUAAUGGAAAAGCCUUAAAUAUAGACAGUUCUGGAAUUAUAUGGACCAACAGUGAAACCCAGGUUCCUCUAUCCAAGUGCAGCCCAAGUUGUCCUUCAGGAUUUAGGAAGGUGAUUGUACCAGGGAAACCCCUGUGUUGCUAUGAGUGUGCCCGGUGUCCCCAGGGCUACAUCUCAACCCAAACAGAUGCUGCGGAAUGUCAUCCAUGUUCCUGGGACACGUGGCCCAAUCUACAGCAGGACAGAUGCCUACCAAGGCCUACAGAGUUCCUUUCCUAUGGAGAUCCUUUGGGUUACAGCUUAGCAGCCAUUUCCAUCUUCUCUUCCCUAAUCCCACUUGGUGUUCUAGGAGUUUUUAUUCACCAAAAAAAGACGCCAAUAGUCCGAGCCAACAACUACUCCCUUAGCUGCCUUCUCCUGCUUUCCCUGUUCCUCUGUUUCCUUUGCUCUUUAGGGUUCAUUGGUUACCCACAGCCUGAAAAGUGCCUUCUGCGCCAGGUGGCAUUUGGGAUGGUUUUUGCCCUCUGCAUCUCCUGUGUUCUGGCCAAAACCAUCACUGUUGUCAUUGCCUUUAAUGCAACCAAACCCGGCAGCAGGUUAAGAAAAUGGACAGGGGUGAAGGUCUCCUACUGUGUGAUUGGGUUUUGUGCCUUUCUUCAGUUAGUCGUGUGUGUGCUGUGGUUGAGCUUAUCUUCUCCCUUCCCUGAACUUGACACUGACACCAAACCUGGAGUCAUCAUAGUUAAUUGCAAUGAAGGGUCACCCACUGCUUUCUGGUGCAUGCUGGGAUACCUUGGCCUCUUGGCCUCCAUCAGUUUCAUUGUUGCCUUCCUGGCCAGACGCCUCCCUGACAGUUUCAAUGAAGCCAAAUUGAUCACAUUCAGUAUGUUGGCUUUCCUCAGUGUGUGGGUGUCCUUUAUCCCAGCCUAUCUCAGUGCCCGGGGCAUGUAUACUGUGGCAAUGGAGGUCUUUGCCAUCCUGUCUUCCAGUUGGGCUGUGGUGGGCUGUAUCUUUGUGCCAAAAUGUUACAUUGUAUUGUUCAGACCCAACAUGAACUCCAGAGAAAACCUCAUGGGGAAGGGUAGAAGUCAAAAAUAA